AGUUGCCAUAGCUGCGAGUCCGGGGUGAGCGGGAGUCGGUUGCGCCGAAGCCUUUGGUCAGUUGUACCUUGUGGGUCACCAGUGGCCGCGGGAGCCGGGUGGGGGCCUCGGCGAUGAUCCGGCAUUAAGAACCUGGAGUCAUCUUUAGUCUCAGGUGCCGGCCCCCACCUCUCCGGAGCCCUUUCUCUGGUGUUUGGGGAAAGAGUAGGGACAAGCAAACAUCUUCUUUACUAGACCUUUUGCCCUGAACCUAAUGAAGAAAUGAUAGGAGAAAGACAUAUGUGCCUAAGAAGAGCACUGAGUUCAGAGGAGAGCUACACGGAGUUUUGGGGGUGUGCUUUGAGUUACAUCAGAUGCAGUUUGAACAUCUCUUAUUGCUCAAAGUAAUUGAAAUUAAUAACGGAAGACUUUGCAUGUUUAUACCAGUGAAAUUCAUGCUGAGAAGUAUGAUUCUGUCUCAUUAAAAGUAUGUAAUUCUACUUGGGGAUUUGCAUGUAUCAAUGGCAGAAUCAACCAGUGAUUCAGACCGCUUCCGCUAUCGUGACCGUGACCGUGACCGUGUGAAUCGAUGGGCAGCCAGGUCCAUUCCAAGGGAAACCGGAAGUCAUGCUGCAGUAGAUGUCACUGAGAAGGUCAACACUAUCACAAGUACUUUACAGGAUACUAGUCGGAACCUUCGACAAGUGGACCAGAUGCUUGGGCGAUAUCGGGAAUAUAGUAAUGGACAGGCUGGUAUUGUUGAACAUUUAAGAGAAACCUUGGAAAAAUCAAUAAACCAACUGCGGAGUCAACGCUUACAGAGAAACUCAGGAGGGAGAAGUGUUUCUGUUACGAGUCUGAGUACAAGUGACCUCGAUGGUGGCACUGUGACAGAGAGCCACCGUUUUCCACCUACCUCACCUCUUAAGGAUUAUGAUCCACAGGGGGCCAAGCGAAGUAAGUCCAGAACAAGUGUCCGCUUUCACGAGACUGAUGAUGUGACCCAGCUUCAUACUUUUCACCAGUCCCUCCGAGACCUCAGUAAUGAACAGCUUCGCCUUGGCGAGGAUUUCAACAGGGAGAUAUCCCGGAGAAGCCGGUCAGAUGCCGAAACAAAAAGGGCAUUGGAAGAAUUGACUGAAAAACUUAGUGAACAGAAACAAGAUGUGGUUGCAGAUCGGGUGGAGCGGCGGCUUCAGGAAAUAGAAAGAGAGAUGCGUACAGAAAGAGAGUUGGUGGAAAGACGGCAGGAUCAGUUGGGACUUAUGUCCUUGAAGCUGCAGGAGGCAUUGAAGAAACAAGAAGCUAAAGCAGACGAGACUGAGGGUGUAAUGAAAAAUAAGCUACAGCAAACUGAAACUGAGAAGAGUCAACUGGAACAGGAAUUGGAGCUAUCUCGCAGGCUAUUGAAUCAAUCAGAAGGCAGCAGAGAAAUGCUUUUGCAUCAGGUAGAAGAACUGCGUACACAGCUCACAAAAGCAGAAGGUGACCGGAAGGGUUUACAACAUCAGAUUUCCAAGCAGCGUUUAAACCUGCAGGAUGAUGAAGAUGACUGGAGGUUUAGAAGAGGGAUAGAACGAGAAAAACAGGAUCUGGAGAAGCAGAUGUCUGGUCUGAGAGCGCACCUAAACUUCAAUGCAGUGGCAUCUGAGUUGGAGGAGGUGAAGCGGUGCAUGGAGCGAAAAGACAAGGAGAAAGCCAAUUUAGCAGCACAAAUAGAGGAUUUAGCAUGCGAAUUGGAGAGCAGGGAAAAACAACAGAUGCAGAUGUUGGAUCGACUUAAGGAGAUCCAGAAUCACUUUGAGACAUGUGAGGCUGAGCGUAAGCAUGCUGACCUCCAGAUCUCAGAGCUGACUCACCACGCUGAGGAUGCAACCAAGCAGGCCGAGCAGUACCUCAGCGAGUGCCAGCAGGCAGAGGCCCUGAGAGAGGAGGCAGAGAAGAGGAGAGAAGACCUGAAAAUUAAAGCUCAAGAAGCCAUUAGGCAGUGGAAGCUUAAGUAUAAGAAGGCAGAGCGAGCCUUGGAGAAACAAUCUGAAACUCUUGAUCAACUGACUGAUAAGAAUAAUCAGAUUCUAAAAGAAAAGGAUGACUUGAAAAAUCAGCUUUAUGUAGCAUUACAACAAAUAGAGAGUCUUCGAAAGGAACUCAAUGAUGUUUUGACCAAGCGUGCCCUCCAGGAGGAAGAGCUUCACUGUAAGGAGAAGAAGCUAAAUGAUAUUCAGUCUCAUCAAACUGACCUUGAACUAGAAGUCAAGAGCUCUCUGGACACCAUCCAUAGACUAGAGAGUGAAUUGAAAAGGCAGAAUAAGACUCAAAGCCAGAUUAAAGUAGAGAAAGCUCACCUGGAGGAAGAACUUGCAGAGCUAAGGAGGAGCCAUGCUGAGGACAAAGCAAAACUUCUCGAGAUGCAAGAGUCUAUCAAAGACUUGAGUGCCAUUCGAGCAGAUCUUGCUAACAAAUUGGCAGAAGAAGAGAGAGCCAAGAAAGCUGUGCUUAAGGAACUCUCUGACCUCACAGCUCAGGCAAAAUCCAGAGAUGAAGAAACAGCUACUGUUAUCAGUCAGCUGAAGCUAGAACGAGAUGUUCAUCAGAGGGAACUGGAAGAUCUCACAUCAUCACUGCAGAGCGUGAAAAUGAAACAUGAACAAAAUAUCCAGGAGCUGAUGAAGCAUUUUAAGAAAGAAAAGAAUGAAGCAGAGAAUCACAUUAGGACACUGAAGGCAGAAAGCUUAGAAGAUAAGAAUAUGGCUAAAGUUCAUCGUUGUCAGCUAGAGAAAUUGAAAUCACAGUGUGAAAGACUCACAGAUGAAUUAUCCCAGAAUGAAAAUGAGAACAAAAAACUCAAGCUAAAGUACCAGUGCUUGAAGGAGCAGUUAGAAGAAAAGGAAAAGCAUAUAAGUAAUGAAGAAGAGCACUUAAGGAGAAUGGAAGAGGCCAGAUUGCAGCUCAAAGAUCAACUUCUUUGUCUGGAGACAGAACAGGAAUCCAUUCUUGGUGUGAUAGGAAAGGAAAUUGAUGCAGCCUGUAAAACUUUCUCUAAGGAUUCAAUGGAGAAAUUGAAAGUUUUUUCCUCUGGUCCUGAUAUACAUUACGAUCCACAUCGCUGGUUAGCAGAAAGCAAGACUAAACUUCAAUGGCUCUGUGAGGAACUGAAAGAGAGAGAAAACAGAGAGAAAAACCUGCGACACCAGUUGUUGGUGUGCAGGCAGCAACUCAGGGAUCUGACAGAAAAUAAGGAUUCGGAGCUCCAGUGUCUCUUUGAACAGAUAGAAAGGCAGGAGCAGCUUCUGGAAGAAAUACACCAGGAGAAGCGAGACCUGGUAGAAGAGACACAAAGGAAAGAUGAAGAAAUGGAAUCUCUGCAGGACCGUGUAAAUGCAUUAGAAACGAGUACCCGAGUGGCCUUGGACCAUCUGGAGUCUGUGCCUGAGAAACUGAGCCUCCUAGAAGAUUUCAAAGACUUUAGAGAUUUCCGCAGUUUAUCAGAGAGGAGUGAUGUGAGAUAUGCCAAAUACAAAAUUUACAGAGAUUCUCUUCAGCAGCACCAAGAUGACACCAAAUACAGAGUCAAGCCCUUCAAAGAUGACAGAAGGUUCUCCGAAGGUUCCCACGGUCAUGGGUUAGAUCACUCAACGUCUUGGCAGGAUUCUAGUCGCUUCCCGUCUAGUCCUCGAUUUUCACACUUCAACUCCUUGCCAGCAUUUACCAAAAGGACUGUUACUCCAGACUCGGCUUCAAUCAAGGGAGAUAUUGCAAAUUUACCAAUGAAUAGAGCAAGCCCACAAUCCAAGAAGGACGAAUAUGAAAGAAAAAAAAGCAAAAUGUAAUUAGUUAUUUUAUUUAAGUGUUUUAAGAGUAAUAGUUUAUCUGUCCUUUGCUGCCAUUUGGACCCAAUUGUCUAACAUACAUACCUGUGGCUUUGGCUCUUUGCUAUUGCCAAAUGUUGACUAAGAUGAAAAUAUACUUAGUCUUUGUGAAUGAUACAUUUAACCAAAAGUGAAUGAUAUUACCAAAGUAAUAUCAAUUUAUGAAUGAUAGGCAGCUAACUAAAUGGCACCUUAUGCCAAUAGAGAAAGUUAUAUUUUCACUUUGUAUUUCACUUUUAUAAAAUGUGGUCAGUUACAAUUUCCUGACCAAAACUUGGGUUUAUAAUUGAUGCCUUUCAAAAAUUACUGGCUAAAAUAAGAAAAAUGAGUUCCCCUUUAGGCAAAAGUUGCCAGCACUUUAAAUUCAGGGAGCAUUUAUAUACAAUUAAUUUUUCAAAUGCUUUCUCCCUAAUUAAUUAUCAUGUGUUAUAACAUGUCAUGGAGAUUUGCAUAUGUCAUAUUAACUCAUUUUGUAAAUGCUCAGGACUAUUCGUGUCCAUCAUCUAGCACUCUAUUACCAUAGGAAGUACCUUAAAAUGAUUUCUAAUCAUCCUUUUUUAAUAGCAAUAAAGAAUUUAUAAACAAUAUCUGAAUUGUAGAGCGCUGUAAAGAAUUCAGAGCACAAUUUAUUUGUCUUUUUGUCAAAUGUCCCACAUAUCCCAAAGAUUGUCAUAUACUGGAUUGUCAUCUUUGAUUUAAUGUGACCAAACUCCUGAGUUCAUAAGGUUCACUCUGCAAGAGCUCUUGUAGAAUUUGGUACGAUCCACCUGCUUUUCACCACCCAGCUCUUCUCAACAUCGAAGUGUUUUUAAGACCUUAUCCUUUUUGCUUGCUCAUCUACCAGUGGAGGAAGAGUUAAAUGUAGUAUAGUGGUAAACAUCUAGAAACUCAGUCCUACUGGGUUAAAAUGGAAAGACCGCACAGAGACAAGGACAAUAAAGCAAUUCCUUAGUAAUAAUGCGCAUUACACUUGUGUUUGUUAAAAUGGACUUCUCUCAUUUUGUGAAGGUGCUUCUAUUUCCAUUUAAGAUAUGUUUUCCUAACCUACCAUAUUUAGAGGUAUGUGAUGCUAUAAUUACUGUAGAAAAUGGAGAUGUUUAAUAUUUAAAAAUUUUAAUAAUAUGAACUCUAACCUGAAAGUACAGCACAUACUUUAUCUUUUAUU